GACGACGCAUUCCGCGUCGCGAGCGAGCGAGCGAGCAAAGCCUGCCGACUCCCGCGCCCGCAGUAACAGCACCACCACUAGCGUCUCGGUAUGCCGCUGCCUCCCGCCGCCGCCGCCGCCGCCGGCAGACACGGCGUCGUGUCGCCCGACGACCGCGGGCCCGUCGUCCAGAUCGUCGCGUGGAUUUUCAUGGUCGCCAUGGUGUUGUUUACGGCGACGAGGCUGGCUGUAAGGUAUAUCUCGGCGCAUACGCCGGGGCUGGACGACUGGAUUGUUUUGGCUGCCAUGUUCCUGGGCGUCGGCGUCGUCAUCGCCCUCUCCCUCGCCGUGAACGACGGCCUGGGGAAGCGCAUGCCGGGGCGGCUCGCGGCCGUGGAGAAGCACGUGUACUCGGCAACGAUCCUGUACCUUCUCACGCUCUGCCUUGCAAAACUCUCGGUGAUAGUGUUCCUGGCGCGCCUCGCGGCCGCGAAAACCCACCUAGCCGCGACGUGGGCGCUGGGCGCGCUGACGCUGGCGUGGGCGCUCGCGAGCGUGCUGGGCUUCGCCUUCCGCUGCGCUAUGCCGGCGCCGUGGACGUUUGACGAGAGCUGCUGCUUCGACUCGAUCGCCUUCUGGAAAGCCUCUGCCGCAGUCGACAUGCUGACCGACGCGGCCAUGGUGCUCCUCCCCAUCUGCAUCCUCUGGCGCAUCCGCGUCGCCUUCCGCAAGAAAUGCCUCGUCGUGUCGCUCUUCGCGCUGCGCUUCCUGUCCGUGUGUCCCCUCACCCCCCCCAUAAGAAACAAAACAAAACAAAUCCCUAACACCGCACCACGCGCUACAGCGCUAUCGCCGCCGCCGCUCUCCGCUUGCACUACCUUCUGCACCCGCCGCAUACUGCCGGCACGAAGACCAACAACAACGCACCACCACAACCUUCCCCUCCUUCUCCAGCGCCUCACCCACACCCAAACCCAAACCCAACCCCCACCUUCGACCUCGUCCCCACCCUCCUAGCCACACUCGCGCACGCCACUGCCGCCGUCAUCGCCUCCUGCCUCCCGGCCCUGAAGCCUUUUGUCGAUAACGCCGCGUCUGGGAUGCUGGAUUUUUCGCUUAGGGCCCGUGGGAGGGGCACUACGUAUGGGCGGGCGGGAGUGGGUAGAGAGUGGGCGGGUAGGGAAGGGGUGGUUGGGGUGAGAGGUGUGGGG